UUCACAGACAAGGAACUUAUUUCACCAGGUGAACGUUAUGUGUGACAACUUCACAACAGUGUCGAAUGCUAAAUUGAGUUCUUAGAUAAGCAAUGUUCUUGGGAACCUCCAUGGUAGCACUCUUUGCCAAUGCAACACUGCUUAACUUCCUAUCAACACAACUGCCUGCGCAAAAAGAUCCAGAUGGAAUCUUUGAUCAGCCUUUCAAGAAGUACUACAAUUACAUCGUAGUUGGUGCUGGAUCAGCGGGUAGUAUUAUUGCAACUAGGUUGUCCGAAGACCGAACAAAUGUGUUAUUACUGGAAGCUGGAGGAUCUGAUUUGGAAAACGAAUUUACCCGAAUACCAUCACAAUGGCUACGAACAUUAUGGACAAAGGAAAAUUGGAGUUUUGACACAGUACCACAAAAGUAUUCUUUUAUGUCAGAGGCUAGCCGGAAGACCAAAGGCCAUUGCGGUAAAGUCUUGGGCGGUACUGGCAGUAUCAAUGGAAUGUAUUACAUUAGAGGAAGUCGUUAUGAUUAUGACAAGUGGAAAAAAGAAGGUUGUACUGGAUGGGGUUAUGAUGAUGUUUUACCAUACUUCAAAAAGUCAGAAGAUAUUCAAAUUCCAGAGCUUAUUAAUUCCUCGUAUCAUGGACAUGGAGGUCCCUUGGUUAUUACAGAAGGACACACCGCUCCACUAGAGUUCCUUCAUAGGUUAGCAGCUAAGGAAAAAGGCUUGCCAGUCACUGACUGUAAUGGUUUUAAUCAACUUGGAUAUUGUGCCAUACAGGCAAACGUAAAAAACGGCGAACGUUGUUCUUCAGCAAGUUGUUUUCUAAGACCAAAAUUGCACAGACGGAAUUUACAGGUUGCUACCAACAGCCACGUUACAAAGAUUAUUAUACAAAAUGGCGAAGCCAAAGGUGUUGUUGUGAUGAAAAAUGGAAAGAAGACACGAAUCUAUGCCAGGGAAGAAGUUAUCAUUUCUGCAGGAGUGUUUGGGUCACCAAAACUCCUGUUAUUGUCUGGCGUAGGACCAAGACAUCAUCUGGAAAAGUUAAGGGUACCACUGAAAGCUGAUCUUCCAGUCGGUGAAGGAAUGCAAUAUCACAUGCAAUACUUUUUCCAGUACUCAAUUACUACUCCUAUGAAUAUGAACCAAGAGAAGGCUUUAGACCAGCAAUCCAUUAUGGACUAUAUAUUUUACAAAACAGGUGUUCAGACACGAUCUGGUAUUGAUGGGGCAAUUUUUGCACGUCUACCAACAAAUCAUGAUCUUGAUUUUUUGCCGGACAUGCAACUGACUUUUAUAGCAAAUGCAUUUGAAGGUGAAAACAUCAAAUGUGCAAUUCAAAGGAUGAAUCAUAUGAGAGUUUUUGACGAAACGUCUCGAUCAGCUGAUGUUGGAUUUGCAGUAAAUAUAUGUAAACUUCACCAUAAAAGCAGAGGAACAGUUCGACUGAAAAGCAAGAAUCCAAUGAAGCCUCCUCUUAUAGAUCCGCAAUAUUUAGCUAAUCAGGAUGACGUUGAUUCAUACGUAAAAGUUAUAAGGUAUAUGCAAGAAUUUGCAAACAACUCAGCAUGGAACAGCAUAGGAACUAAAUUUAUCAGGCAAGAAGAAUGUACAUCUUUCUGCAAAGCAUUUACUUUUGACACAGAUGACUAUUGGAAAUGUAUGAUUCGCCAUUAUGCAAGAAAUUCUAAUCAUCAAGUUGGUACCUGUAGAAUGGGAGCUCUUCAUGAUAAAACUGCUGUUGUUGACCCACAUUUGAGAGUGAUAGGAAUUAGAAAUCUAAGAGUUGCAGAUUCGUCAGUAAUGAGAAAUGUUCCAUCCGGCAACACGAACGCUCCAACAAUGAUGAUUGGAGAAAAAGCUGCUGACAUGAUAAAAAAGAGUAGAUAUAAACGACUCUUAAGUGUUGUUCUAUUAUUAGGAAAUGAUUAAAUAAGAAGCAAACCAUCUUUUUCAUAGAUAUUAAAUGAUUACUAAAUAAGAAUUCAAGACAUCCUUCAAUAUCGAGUAUUUGCUUAUGAUUUAAUUAAAUGUUUGUAACCAUUUGCAGCCAAACUGUUCAUGCUUGUCGACUACUCAUCUCCUGAUCUAUGAUAUUUGAACCUUUUGUCUGGGUAUUAUCAAAUGAAAAAAUAAAAGCUACAUCAUUGUAUAUCAGAUCUUACGAAAGAAAUAAAACACGGAUUUCUUUGACCACUUUCCUAUACCAGCACUACCGACUUUCAAUAAUUGUGUAAUAUGUGUAAAGGAUGAAUAUUAAUAAUCAGAAAUUGAAGUAACUGAACAUUAUAUUAUAUAAGUGAUCAAUCGGAUAGACACCAAUUUUCAAAUAGUAGAAUAGGAACCUCUAACCAUUUCGAAGCAAGUGAGUUCACCCCAGUUUUAGGUUAAAUUCAUAUUGUCAAAACUUGUUCAUACUUUUAUUACCCUAGAUCUGAUUCUAAGAAGACAGAGCUUUUAAUUUUAACUGAUUGCAUUUUAAUUCGUCCAUUGCCCCCUUGACAUAUUUUCCCCUUUUUUCUCAACUGGGUACAUUAUGUGCAUUACUUUAUUUGUACCUUCAUUAAAAGCGUAUUGAUCACACUUACAUUGUUUGAACCACUUGAUACCUUUUUUUUUUAUUUACAGUCAUUUAUUAUGACACGACAAGUCUUAAAACCAAUCUGAAAAAGACAAUAGUGUUAUCCCUUUGGAGGAAUUAUUCAUUUCUUUGUGUUGAAUGAUACUUACAUUACCAGUAACAAUUAGACCUCAUGGAUUACAGGUAUCAAGAAAUCUUCAACAGUAACAUGUUUUUGCGAUUAUUAUAAUCAAUGUUUCUCUAUGAUUUUAAAGACUUCUUAUCGAAGAUUUGAUCUCUGAUAGUCUAUCAUAUUACGGAAUUACCUAUAGUUCUACCAAUUGUAAAACACCAUUUUUCAUACACAUGGAAAAGAUCUGAAUAAUUCUGUUAUGAAAAUUGCAAAUACAAUUGUUUGAUUACACUCAAUAAUUAGCGUAAGAAGAAUAAUUUUAUAUGAAUAAAAUGAGAUGAUGAAGUGAUGAUAUUUGCAAAUAUCUUUAAAUUGGAAAGAGGCUUUCUCAUCGUCCUUCCAUCUUUUGAUUUUAAGGAACAUAUAUAAUAAUUUGAUACCAAGAUGUAUUUUUAACAUUUUGAAUGAAACAUAUCUUUCUCGAUAAUCAUCGAUGCGUUCAAUAACUCAAAAAACGUCCAUAUUUUCUUAAUUUUUUAACGGUAGAGACACUUUGUUUACAAAUUCUUAAUAUCCUCAUUAUAUCACAUUGUAUAUACGGAAUCUUGCAGUUGACUUGUCAUAAACUGUUAAAUAUGUAGUAUAUUAUGUUUUAACACUCUCUCAUGAACUGUAUUUUUUUUUUUAGAUAUUGUAAUAUUAAAUCAAACAUGACAUUACA